CAUCUGGCCACGCAUUGGGGCGUCACGUGCUCAGGGCUGCUCGGAGUCGGAGCAGGACAGGGUCUCGGCUGUCUGCGGGGAUUACAAACACGCACUGGGGUUGUUAUUGUACCGUGGGAAGGAUUUAUAAUAUAUGUGCAUAUAUGUAAUAUAUAUAUUUGAGCUGCUGAACUGGACUCGGUACGCUUUGGAUUGACUUCCUGUGUCUGAUUUAUGCACGCGCUACUUCAGCGUGCGGGAUGGUCUCGCGCUCUCCCUGUGGGAUAAAUGGGGUCUUACGCUGACUCGGCUUGUUUUGAUAGUGCUCACGGAACUCCGGACUGAAAGGAGACUCCCCCCCCCUUCUUCUUCUUUUUUACAAGCAACUCUACGGUACUUUCACACAGGUAUCGAGAUAAUAAUGUGUUAUUUACGCUUGUACGGGAUUUAAAAAUGCAGAGUUUUGCUAAAGAAUGGACUUUAUUGAGGUGUUUUGAGUGCUUGAUUUGGCAUGGGCUGCUAAGCUAGCUUAGCCGUUUGGAAGAAGAAAUCAAUAAAUAAACAAAUAAAUAACUUUCCUGAAAGAGCAAGCAUCACGGGAGCGUUUUUUUUUUUUUUUUUUGCCUCAAUGGAAAGAAAAAAAGUUUUAUUUUGUCUCCCAUUUUUAAAGAAAUUCAUGCAAUCCUAAAAAAAAUAAAUAAAAAAAAUAAUAAUAAAUAAUUUUUUUAAGAGCAUUUUUCCCCUCCCUCUCAUAAAAUGGCAAGUCCGUCUACAGAGAAGGCUUGUUUUUCGGACGUGAGAAAGGUGGGUUAUUUAAGGAAACCCAAAAGCAUGCACAAAAGGUUUUUUGUUCUGCGAGCUGCAAGCGAUACCGGACCUUCCAGGUUGGAGUACUACGAGAAUGAGAAAAAAUGGAGACACAAGUCUGGGGCACCAAAAAGGUCAAUACCACUCGAGAGUUGCUUCAAUAUUAACAAAAGGGCCGACUCCAAAAACAAACAUCUGGUCGCACUGUACACCAAGGACGAAUACUUUGCAGUCGCAGCGGACAGCGAGCCGGAGCAGGACGCGUGGUACCAAGCCCUAGUAGACCUCCACAACCGAGGGAAGGUCCACGAGAGUGCCAGGAGCAACGGCAUUGGAGAUGAUGAUUACGGAGAUGCUACGCCCGGGCCUGCCUUCAAAGAAGUAUGGCAGGUUAUACUGAAACCAAAGGGACUCGGACAGACCAAAAACUUAAUUGGCGUGUACAGACUAUGUCUCACGGACAAGACUUUGGCUUUCGUGAAGCUCAAUUCAGACGCCGCGGCGGUCGUUUUGCAGCUGAUGAACAUCCGAAGGUGCGGUCACUCGGAAAAUUUCUUCUUCAUCGAAGUCGGGAGGUCUGCGGUGACUGGGCCCGGUGAGUUCUGGAUGCAGGUCGACGACUCGGUCGUGGCUCAGAACAUGCACGAGACUAUCUUGGAGGCGAUGAAAGCCAUGAGUGAAGAGUUUCGUCCCCGUAGCAAAAGCCAGUCGUCUUCCAACUGCUCCAACCCCAUUUCCGUGCCGGUGCGAACCAGGCAUCAUCACAACAACCCUCCUCCGAGUCAGGUCGGGUUGGGAAGGCGUAUGAGGGCUGAAAGUGUCACGGCUACGUCUCCGGCUGGCCCAGGCAGACACAGCCAUUCGUUCAGAGUGAGGGCAUCCAGUGACGGAGAAGGAACUAUGUCUAGGCCAGCAUCUGUAGACGGCAGCCCAAGUAGUCCAAGAUCCUCUAGGCCACAGUCUCAAAGGCAUAGGGGUAGAUCCAGACUGCAUCCACCUCUAAAUCAUAGCAGGUCCAUCCCUACUCCGUCAUCACGAUGCUCUCCAUCGCCAAUCAGCCCUGUAAGUCUGUCCUCCAGCAGCACUAGUGGACACGGGUCCACUUCAGAUAGUCUUUUCCCCCGACGCUCCAGUGCCUCUAUAUCUGGGUCGCCCAGCGACGGCGGCUUCAUCUCGUCCGAUGAAUACGGUUCCAGUCCAUGUGAUUUCCGAAGCUCCUUCCGCAGCGUGACCCCCGACUCGCUCGGACACACCCCUCCUGCCAAAGAAGAGGACUUGAAUAACUACAUAUGCAUGACCAAGUCUGGUUCACUAAGUAGUACCGGGAGCCAGUCCAGAGGAACACCGUCUCACAUGGAUGAGCCAGACUUGGAGAAAUGUUUCAGGAAAAGGACUCAUUCCUCUGGCACCCUGUCACCUCCAGCCACCUGCCACCAAAAAACGCCUUCACAGUCAUCUGCCGUGUCUCUGGACGAAUACACAGUCAUGACACCGGCGUAUAAUCGCAGCCGAUCUGUAUCGUCGUCAUCACCGUCGAUAUAUCGGAACUUGUCCACGAAUUCGUAUCCUGAAGAAUGCUUGGGUAUGCCGACGGCGGAAGGUGGCAGCGAGUCCAGUCCCAAGGACGACGGCUACAUGCCGAUGUCACCGGGCGUGGCUCCUGCAGUGGUAACGGGAAACAGCGGAGACUAUAUGCCUAUGAGUCCGAAAAGUGUUUCGGCCCCACAGCAGAUAAUCAAUCCACGGCGAGUGGACUCCAAUGGCUACAUGAUGAUGUCACCGAGCGGUAGCUGUUCCCCAGACGUUUCUACAAACUACAGGAAGAUCUGGACCAACGGCAUGAACCCGUCGUUGUCCGUUGAGAGCACGGAGGGGAAAGUGUCCUCGUGCGGAGACUAUAUAAACAUGUCUCCUGCUAGCGGCUCAACCACCGGCACGCCACCGGACUGCUACUUCAACCCUGUAGAUGAGCUGUCCAGGCCAGCGUACGCCUACUUCUCUCUGCCCCGUUCCUUCAAACACGCCAACGGGAAGCAGGACAAGAGCCCCUUGCGGAUGUCACUUGGCAGCGCUCGCAUGGUUUGCGCUGACUCUUCCUCGUCUUCGGCUAGCAGCGACAGUUUGGGUGGUCAUUGUAGUUCGCAACAGCCUUCUGUCAGGCCCAAAAGGUCAGAGGUCACCUCUAGGCUGUCACGACCAACAAGGCUAUCAUUGGAUGCUAACCGAGCUAGCACUCUUCCAAGAAUGCGUGAAAGCCCUUUCCCUGGUGAGCCCAAAAGUCCGGGAGAGUACGUCAACAUCGAGUUUAAUGACCAAGCGUUUUCAGCGAGCUUAGCAUCACUUUUUUCACCUGUGUUCACUGGUAACGGGGCAGACGUCCAGUCGGAGCUGACUUCUUCCGACUACAUGAACAUGCAGCUAGGUUCACAGAGCUUGCUCUCGCAGUCUAGAAAAUCGACGUCCAGUUCCCCAGACUACACCGUUGUUAGUCCGUCCGAAAACUCGGCCUCGUCGCCUCACCUGCCUCGUGAAAGUAUUCGUGAACGUGACUACAUGAGCAUGCAACUGGGCUCUUACUCUACAGACUAUCCUGAUUCCCAGAGGAUGCUUAUAAACACUUCGUUACAAGACCCGGAAGUUCUUCUCUGCUCUGAGUCGCACAGCGACGACGUCUCGACGUUAGGUGCAGCCCCAGUGAGGUCUGUGCUUAUUGGUCCUUUGACAGAUCUCAGCGCCUUCUCCCGGGUAAACCCGACUCCGACGAGAAAUCAGGCUGCCAAAGUGAUCCGGGUGGACCCGCAAGGCAGGAGACGGCACAGCUCGGAAACGUUUGCCUCCACGACAACCAAAGGCGCCGUAAGCGCAGCCACGGGCUUUCAGUCAGAAGACGUCAAACGCCACAGCUCUGCUUCUUUUGAGAACGUUUGGUUAAAGCCUGUCGAGGCUUCCACCGCCGCCUCUCCUCCAGCUCCUGCUGCUGCUGCUGACACGACGUCCAGCGUCGACCCUCACAACCAAAACGGCCUGAACUACAUCGAUCUGGAUCUGGCUCAGAACCGAGAGCCGCUCGAUCAGGAUUGGAGCUCAAGCUUCCAGACCCGGCAGGUGGACUUCGGGACCGCAGGGGCAGCGGAGGAACCGAGUGCCUAUGCCAGUAUAAACUUUCAGAAAGCCGACGACUCCAGAGGAAACCUCACUUACAGAGAAGUUUCGUGGCGACUUUACCCACAAUGCCGUAACGGUGCCGUGGGAUUAAAGCUGCGUUCAGCUAAAACUCAUCAUCUGGAAUUUCCAACCUCCGCUCGGAAAUUCUACAAGGUCUCUUCAAGGUCACGUCGAGUUCAGCCUGUGAUGUCAGAUCAACAUGGCUGCUCGCCGCUUCAACAAAUGAAAAGCAGCUACAUCUCAUCACCCACCGAGUCUUCCAUCAGCCUCGGAUCAAGCCGGACCCCGGCGACUCCUCGUCUAUAACCCGGACCUCAGACUUGCACGCUCGGACCUUCCGGGAACGCUGACCUUCACAAAUACGUCAAUCCUGGAGUCCUCAGGGCCUGGGGUCAGAUGGUUUUAAAACCUCAGCGUGACCGUACUGAUCAGGAAAUCAGCUUAGUUGCCUUUCCGUUGAGAUUUUACUCUUAGUCUGGCUUCGGUGUUCAGACCUCCUCAAUGUGUAGUUCUUCUGCAGCAAUGUUCGACACUGAAGUUAGUGUUGGUGUUAGUGAUGUUGUACAAACUUUUAGUUUUUUUUUUCUUUUUUUCUUUUUCUUCCCCUAGCGGUGCUUUUACUCAUUCAUGCCUGUAGUAAUAUUUAAUAGUAUUUAUGUGACUGAUGGUACAGGUGUUUAGAAAGUUCAGGUAUGGAGAUGUAAUCUUCUGAAAGUGUGUAUAAUACAGUGCUCAGUGUUGAUGGUACCCACUUUCUCCCCAAUGCUAUUGCAGCUAGUGCGUGAUUAUACCAGAUCUGGUACAUUUUUCGAAUGGGAAAUACAUCACAGGUGGACAUAAAUCAUAAAUUCAUCCGGGUGACACCGGGUUAUAAAUAAUUCCCUGUGGAUAACCAUGUCUUCGGGAACAUUCAUGAAAAUCCAGAACGCUCGUAACCUACGACGAUUUCCAGAUUGUUUAAUUACUGUAAGUUUCUCACACAGGUUACGUUGUGAAGUUGAAAUCACGUGUUUAUUUCAGUUACACCCUCCUUUUUAAUGAAUAUUUUUUGGAAACCAAAUGAAAACCAGACGAGCCAUUUUAAUCAGGACAAAAGUAAUGGAACUCCGUGUAGUAGUAGUAGUAGUAGUAGUAGCUGCAGUGGCUGAGCUGCAUUACGGGAUUGCGCUGUUUAGUUGUCGUUUCGAGAUUUUCAGCUCCGCGAGCGUUGCCUUUUAUGGUGUUUUGCGAGCACGCUUGGUACUUCGCGUGUUUUUGGCAUCGAUUUAACGUAUGUGCGCGAGUAAGAAGAAAAUCUUACAAAAAUGAACGAAACCUGCUGGGAAUUUUAAGCUCAUUUUUAGCUCAUUUGCUGAAGUUUACGAAAAAAAAGUUUGAAAGUCUCAGCCGUGAGCCAUGGUGUCCACCCGUUUGUCCACCCUCGACACACCGUGACGCAGUGAACCGUACACAGUGCCAACACGCGUUCACACCGUGACCCACAUCACGUCUACUUUCCUUUCCAUGGGUUGUGUUUUAUAUUGAAGAAAAUGUGCGUCAUCAUAUCCCGGCUCUUUACGGGUUCAGACUACUCCGAGGAGCCACGGUUUUUAGGUACUAUAUCUGAUACAGUAGAUAUUCUUCAGGUCAAAAUGGUGUCACAUUUUAUACUUUCAGGACCCUGAUCAACCACAGCUACCUACUCCAUCGCUGCUAUAUGACACAAGGGCACGAUGGCGAAUUCCGAAAAAAAAGCCAUGUGCAAUUUUCCUUCAUAUAUGCGCACAAAAACGGUAUUGGUCUCGUCGCGUCCAAUCACAUCACUCGUCUCUUACCUUUUCAACAGCUCUGCCGUACUGGUUCGAGGUUUACACUUCCGGGGCGAAGGUGUAGCGCGUUAGAUCGCCUGCAGCUGCCUGUAAUUAUACGCUCGUUUCAAAUGGACGCCACCGAUCUGUCCGUUCUUGCACAGUUUUAAAAUUACAAAUCGAUACGAAUCUGUGUAUACGUGUAGAUCGCUUUCUGGUGUUUGCAUCCCCUGAAACGCAUGUUCUCAUCCCUUGGACUCCUAGUGAACCAACCCCCCCCCCCCCCCCCCCCCCACCUAUCCUGCACAAUUGAGCGUUUUCCCUGGUCUAACACGCCUACUUCAAAACAGGAAGUGUGUCAGGAGCAGGGAGAACCCUAAAAUGCUCAGGAACACCAAGACUCCAAGGGUUAGGAGCCCGUGUCCUACAACCACAGCAGUGAACACGACGCCCCAAAUGGGGCAUAAAGUUGAUCACAUGAUUGCUAUGUGUAUGAGAGAGAGAGAGAGAGGGGAAAAAAGAUAAACAUGAUCGCCAUCAUGUGAGUGUUGUAUUAUUUGUAAAAUUGUACGAUCAUUAUUAUUUUUUUUUGUGUGUGGAAUACAUUUCUCAAUCAAGCCCAUUUAGAAACGUACGAACGGACGGUACUUUUAAAAAAAAAUAUAUACGUUUUAAUUUAUACGCAGGUUAUCGAGCAGUUCAUAACCGACCCUGCAGUAUAUCCACGUUGUAAUUUACACUGCGUUGCUGUUGAACCUCAGAAGCCAGCACAUUUUAUUUGCGAUUUUUUUCUUUUUUUUUUUUUUAAAGAUCUUUUAUUUAUUUUAUUUUAUUUUAUUUUUUUGUUGAAUUUCAUUUUAUUUUUGCAUAAAAAAAAAAAAUCUUUUCCUGUGACAUGCUCAUGUCUCAAUGUCAUGUCUACAAGAAUGAAGAGAAAACUGAUGUGUAAAAAAAAAAAAAAAAAAAAAAAAAAGGUCUCAAAGUGUCACACUUGCUGCUGAUCGGAGAAAAAUCCAUCGAGAACAAUCUGUAAAUUAUUGAAUAUAAACGUACCACUUCGUGUCAUUUGUAUUGUGUUUUUGUGUAUUUAACAGUUUACGGUUUGUUUGUAUUUUUAUUUUAAUUUUUUGCCUUGUGCCUUGAUAUACAGUCAAUAUGGGGUUUAGAAAUCUCUCUUUAAAACUGUAACAUGAAUAAUCUGUUAUCUUUUUUUUUUCUUUUUUUUGGGGGGGUGGGGGGUGGUUCUACUCUUGGAGGAAAAACAAAACAGAACAAAGGUACUUACCAAAAAGAGUGCAGAUAUGACCUGCUCUGAGAACUUUCACGUCUCUUCAGAAUUGGAAUCGGAGCCAAGUUGUGCAUGGCCGAUCUACACCCUAACCUGUCUUCCACUGUAUAUAUUGUAUUGUUAAAAAAAAAAAAAAAGAAAAGAAAUGAGUAACACACGUGAUGAGUGGUCCAUUGAAAGCGUGCAUGGUCUAACAGGUACUGAAAAAAAAAAAUCAAUCAGUGUUGCUUUCCUGGUUAAGGAGUGUGAGCGUUCUACUAAUGGACACGUGCAUACGCACACCAACAUUACGGCGAGGCCUGUGUAUACCUUCCUUACUCCCCUUUUAUUCAGGAGAAUGAAAUCAUUUUUUUUCUUUUUUUUUGGAACUCUUCUGUAAUAAAGUAGAAAACUGUC